UUCGUUCAGAGAAAAAUACUAUAAAUAGGUCAAAGUUGACACAUCACCACAAAGCUGGGUCAAAGUCAUUUAUGUCUCACCAAGAGCAAAUUGCAGCACAGACUGGAGAGAUGCAAGAUGCAAUUGAUCGCUUUGAAACAGAGUACAAAAGCACUAAAAAAGGUUGGGACUUGGGAGCAAAAGCAAAGUGGGAUGAAAUGAUUAAGAUGCGAACUGAGACAACUCAACCUGAUGGAACUCGGACAAUGACAGAUGAUGAAAUUUGUGCAAAAGUCCUCGGAGUCAAAUCAGGCUACAUCAAGGGUUGUGGUUUUGGCCCUAGACCUCCACCAUCAAGGGUCUCUUAUUCGUCGAUAAAUGAAAUGUCUGAAAAGAACAAAGAGUUGCAAGGACAGCUUCAAGAGACCCAACACCUUGUAGGGACUCAACAACAAAAGAUUGAUGCACAAAAUGAGGUGAUCCAAAGAUUGGAGGAGCAAGCCAAAAAGUUUGAGGAGUUCAUGGCUAACUUUUCCAGGCAACAUCCAUCAAGUUAGUAUCUUUAUUAGAGAACUUAAACAUGGAGAAAUAAUUUUUUAGAUCAUCUUGAUUUUGUUAUUGGUUUUAGACUAUUUUUGUUACUCUUUAUG